AUGGACCGGUCGGCGCUGAACAAAGCCACCAGUGCGGAUGACACGCCCACGCCGGGCUAUUUGUACACCGAGAUAGCACAGUCCACCUUUGCGGACUUGAAUGCGUGUCAGCAAUUGGCUGAUUACCUCAUCAAAAAGCUUGAAAAAGACAAUCCGCAUGUAAAGCUGAAAUGUUUGAAGAUCAUCAAGCAUGUGUGCGAACAGGGAAAGCCCGAGUUCAAACGCGCAAUUCAGAGAAAGGCCGAAGUCGUCAAGGCGUGUCUUCAAUAUCGCGGCACGCCCGACCCCUUGAAAGGAGAUGCUCCCAACAAGGCGGUGCGAGAGGAAGCUGACUUGGCGGUGAAGGCCGUCUUCAGCUCGAACGCCUCGCUCAACGCCUAUGGUUUCAGCACUGGACAAGGGAAAAAGAUGCAAGGCUUUGGUAGCGAACCCAGUGAAGACAUCAGCAGCAGGAUAGGCAACCUGAGCUCGAAUAGUUUCAGUGGAGGUGGGGGCAGUUUUGAAGGAGGUGGUAGAUCCUUCGGCUCAGGAGGAAUGGUCGGCUUCGGAAAUCCCAAUUUCGAUAACGCUCCUCCCCGGAAGGAUGACGACAGCGUCUUUAAUAAGGCCAUGUCCAGCACCAUGUCUGCGGUGUCCUACCUCCAGUCCAAGGUCACUGGUGCGCCGCCCCCUCCGAUGCCGUCCAGCGGUGGUGGCUCCGAUGGCACCUAUCGGCCACCCGCCGUGGGCGGCGGUUUCGGUGGCGACCGCGGCGGUGGCGACCACCGUGGCUUUGGCGGCGGCUUCAACAGUAGCUACAGUGGCGGCUCCGGCUACAGCGCGCCCUCCCACAGCUACAGCAGCGCAGCAGGUGGACAGCAGAACUAUGGCAUUCAUGGGCACUACCCUGAUCACUUGUGCCUGGCAGGCGGUGCCCAUCGCCGCUGGGGCCACCGCACGGCGGGCGACGGAAGCGAUGCCCGGGGCGGCGACGGCGGCCGAAGCGAGGCGCACGAGGCAACACCAGAGGCGAAGCCGGCGCCACCACCAGCCAUGGUGGAUUUGCUAGAUAUGGAGGAGCCCAGCCCUGCGCAGCCGCCCGGUAACAGCGCCUCGCUGUUGGAUGAGGGCCUCUCCGCACCAGCUGCCUCAGAGGACCUUCUGGGUGGCGGUGAGUCGCUCAUGGAGACCUUAAAUUCUCAGACACCCAGCUUCAGCAUCCCGCCAGGAGAGGUGCCCGGUAAUAACCUCAUGGGUGGCAUCGACAUGACGACCGCGGCUCCUGCGAACGUUGCGAACGUUGCGAACGCGGCAGCUGCCCAAGGUGGCGUUGAUUUUAGGGCGCCGGCGGCUGCGGCUGUGGCGGCUGUGGCGGCUGUGGCGGAGCCACUGGGCAUCCGAACCGUUGAAGGCGGAAUGCCUGGUAUGGGAAUGGCCGGCUCUGUGGGUGGCUCUAUGGGAAGCCAAGCCCCCAUGAUGGGCCAACCCCCCAUGCCGCAAGCUGGUGGCUCCAUGGGCAGUUCCAUGGGAAAUCCCAUGGGUCAACCCCCAAUGGGCGGCGGACCAAUGGGCGGUGCCAUGGGGAUGGGUGGUGGCAUGGGGAUGGGUAUGGGCGCUAUGGGUAUGGGCGGCAUGGGCCCUAUGGGCAUGGGAGCUAUGGGUUGCGGCGGCUGCGGCGGUUGCAACUGCGGUGGUUGUGGCAUGGGCGGUCCGCAAAUGGGCUGCGGCUGCGGGAUGGGUGCUAUGGGCUGUGGACCACCAAUGGGUGGGCCCAUGGGGAUGUGCGGUGGAUGCAACAUGCAAGGCUCCAUGGGAGGUUGCGCCCCCAACAUGGGCAUGGGCAUGAUGCCGCAGCAGCCCAUGAACAGCAUGAACCAGGCGGCCUACAGCCCGCCUGCGGCAGCACCUCCUCCUUACCAGAACGGCUCCAUGCCCAUGCAAGCCAUGGGGAGCAUGUCCACCCCUUCAGGGGGUGGAUCUGCCUUCAGUUUUAUCGGAGGAAGCAGUGCGUCGCCCCAAAUUUCUCCCCAAGUGGCGCCCAAACCGCCUGACAUGGCCUUCGGCUUUGUGGCGGAGGAGAUGAAGGGUGCAGUCGGCUGA